AUGAAGCUCUCCACAUUCGCGACCGCCGCUCUGAUCGGCGCGUCAGGUGUCGAGGCGGCCAUCUCGGUCACCUGGACCGAUGAGAACUCCGUCAAGUCAGCCAUGAAGACAGUUGCCAAAGGCAUGACCCAGUACUACACUGGCGACAACCCAGGCGACGUCCCCGGAAACUUGCCGGACCCAUACUACUGGUGGGAGGCUGGCGCCAUGUUCGGAGCGUUGAUUGAUUACUGGUACUACACCGGCGACGACCAGUUCAAUACCAUUACUACUCAGGCUAUGCUCCAUCAGAUUGGCCCGGACCAGGAUUACAUGCCGCCCAACCAGUCACGAACUCUGGGUAAUGACGACCAGGCAUUCUGGGGCAUGUCGGCCAUGUCAGCUGCUGAGAACAAGUAUCCCGACCCGCCGGCUGGACAACCGGGCUGGCUGGCCUUGGCUCAGGCUGUCUUCAACACCCAGGUGCCUCGCUGGGACAACGACACAUGUGGUGGUGGCCUCAAGUGGCAAAUCUUCACCUUCAACAACGGAUACAACUACAAGAACACUAUUUCGCAGGGUUGUUUCUUCAACAUUGCGGCCCGGCUUGCUCGCUACACCAAUAACGACACCUACUCGGAUUGGGCUGAGCAGGCUUGGGACUGGACCGUUGCCAUUGGUCUAAUGGACGGCAACUUCCACUUCUACGACGGUACCGAUGACAGGAUCAACUGCACACAGAUCAACCACAUCCAGUGGACAUACAACGCGGGUGUUUACCUCUACGGUGCCGCGACUAUGUGGAAUAUUAGCGCCGAAGCUGGCGAUGAAACCGAGACAACCGGGAAGUGGCAUGACCGUCUAUCCGGCAUCAUCAAGGGACUCGAUGUCUUCACCAAGAAUAACCAAGUCUUAGAAGAGGUCGCCUGUGAGGCCAACGGCAAGUGCAACAUCGAUCAGCGCUCAUUCAAAGCCUACAUCUCUCGUUGGAUGGCCGCUACGACCAAGGUUGCCCCCUGGACUACGGAUCUGUUGGAGCCAGUGAUGACUGCUUCCCGCCAGGCCGCUGUCGCCACCUGCACUGGUGGUGAUGAUGGGAACCAAUGCGGCUUGAGGUGGACGACUGGAGCGUUCGACGGCAGCACUGGUGUGGGCGAGCAGAUGGCCGUCCUCGAAGUCAUGGGCACUGCACUGAUUGCCAAUGUGGCUGGACCACUUACCAACAAGACGGGCGGAACUUCUCAAGGAAAUCCCUCCGCCGGUUCGAAUAGUCAGAAGACCCCGACAUCUGCCGAUCCCAUCUCGACGGGGGACAAGGCCGGUGCUGGAUUCCUUACUGCUGUAAUUCUCAUCGGCAUCCUAGGUGGCGCAUGGUGGAUGGUGGUGUAA